CACCUCUUCCUCCGACCAAUAAGCAGAGCCGGCGCAUCCUCCAGGGCCGCUGGAGUUCGCGGGAAAUCCGCUGCUGUCGUGAUCACAUCAAACCUAAUUGGACUCCGGAUUAAACAACUGUCUUUGAUACUAAAUCAGUGUUUCAUUAAUCGAUCCAUUUUAGACUAUUACGGUUCAAAACGGAGCAGUGACACAGCUCAAAAUCGCCGUCUAUUUAAGACUGCUGCCCUGGCUGCUAUGCUAACAUCCGACGCUAGUUAGCUUGCUAGGUUGUCAUAUCGGCUAACAGGAACGUUGUGCUGCAUGCGAUAGGACUCACAAAAUACUGCUGACUAGAAAGAGACAAAGGGCUGCCGCUGUCAGGCACAAAACAGACUGUUAAAAUGAGUCUGUUCAAUCUAGACCGUUUUCGUUUUGACAAGAAGGCGGCGACGACAACGACAACAAACAAAGACGAGGAUAGUGGGUCUAAAAGUCCAGAGUCUGAGAAGGAGAACAAGCCAGCUCAGAUGAAAGCUGUCAAACCCCCACCAAAAUCCCACGCCCGAGGAGUGGUUUUUGAGGAAGUCCUUACUAUUGACUUGGAGGAGGAUGAAACAAAGACCAAAAUAUCAUUAACUAGGAAAUCCAAGAAUCCCAUAGGGAAAUCAUCUAAAAAUCUGGAAUCAGAUCAUACAGAUGACGAGGACAACGAAUUGGAGGAGAAAAUGAACAGACUACUAGAGAUGUUUCCUCAGUUGCCAAGGACGGAGCUACUGGAGGUCAUUGGGAGCACAAGCACAUUGGAUGGGGCUGUAGCUGCAUGCCUUCUAAAGUUUGGUGAUAAAGAAGCCCCAGACCAAGGCAGGAAGAGAAAGCAGGAUGGAUCCAGCAGUUCUCAGGACAGUGGUGAGAUUCAACCCAGCAAGAAGAGGAGGCAAUCAGUGGUUUCUGGUGAAGAAGAUAAUGAAGGCAAAGAGCCAAGCUGGGAGAAACAGGAAGCCAUGGUCAGAAGACUUCAGAAAAAGUUUCCUGACCAGGACAAGGAGGAGCUGCGGAUGGUGCUGCAGGAACACGACUGGAAUGUUGAGGAUGCUCUGCAGGUUCUACAAAUGUUCUCAGACCCAGAUAAUACCAGCUUCAGCUCACCUGAGACAGAAGAAAAGAAGUCCAGUAAAUCCAAGAGCAAAGACAAGUCAAGCAGGGACCACAGAAAGCUGAAGCGCCACAAAGAUCACGGAGACAGUAAAAACAGGAAAGAUCGUAAGGACUCCAAAUACCACAGAAAUAUUAGUGAAACAGAGGAGGACAGUAUAGAUGAUACAGACGCUACAAAGGACAGUGAGGAGGAUUCAGACUCUGAAGACAGCGACGGUUCCAAAAACAGGAGUAGCACUUCCAUUCUGUCUUCAUGGCUUAAAAAAAGAUCCGAUUCAGUAUCCUCAUCCUCCUCUGUCAAGAAAACAACUACCUCUUCCUCCCUGAAGCCAUCGUCCUCUUCCUCUACUGCUCAGAUGCUGUCCAGGUUUGCCAGUGGGACCAGUAUAGCUAAGAAGCAGGCAGCAGAGAGAAAGAGGAAGGCGCGUGCCUCAGAUGAACAUGUCAGUUCUGAGGGAGAAAAUAACGAUGAAGAGGACACAGUUAGCAGCGAGUUUGAGGACUCUGAUGAAGAGCUGGACUCUAAAGGUGGCAUGACAGAUCUGAAGAAAGAGAUCCUCAAGUUUUUCCAGGAUGCAUCUAUAGAUGAGCUGUCACUGAUCGCUGGGUGUUCGGUUAAAAAGGCCCAGAAGAUUGUGGAACUGAGACCCUUUGAUAGCUGGCAAAGCCUGGUUGACGUCUUCCAUAAGGACAAUGGACUGUCAGAGGACUUACUGCUGGGCUGCAGAGUCGUCCUCAAAGAGCGGAAUGUUGUCCAGGGGCUCAUGUCCAAAUGUGAGACCAUUUCCUCAAAAAUGGUCAAACAAGUCACUGAGGUGAUGGAGAAGGGCACAGGGGCCAUGAAACAGCCCAGCGUACUCAACAGCCAGUUGCAGCUGAAACCCUAUCAGCUGAUUGGUCUAAAGUGGCUGCUGCUUCUGCAUGAGCACAAACUGAGUGGUAUCCUUGCUGAUGAAAUGGGUUUGGGGAAAACUAUCCAGGCUAUAGCGUUUCUGUCCCAGCUAUACCAGAAUGGAAUAGAUGGGCCUCACCUCAUCACUGUGCCGUCCUCUACACUGGAUAACUGGAUCAGAGAGCUGAAGCUGUGGUGUCCAAGCCUCAAAGUUCUAAUCUAUUAUGGAUCUGUGGAGGACCGCCGCUACCUCAGGCACGACAUCCUCAAUGAAGAUGUUGAGUUCAACGUCAUUGUGACCACGUAUAACUUGGCCAUAGGAAACGAUAAUGACCGCAGUCUUUUCCGUAAGCUGCGUCUGAAGUAUGCUGUGUUUGAUGAAGGUCACAUGCUGAAGAAUAUGAACACUAUGCGCUACCGCCACCUUAUGGCUAUUAACGCAGAGCAUCGCUUGCUGCUGACAGGAACUCCUUUACAAAAUAACCUCUUAGAGCUGAUGUCUCUCCUGAACUUCAUUAUGCCCUCUAUGUUCUCCAGCUCCACCACACAGCUCUCCAAAAUGUUUUCUAUGAAAUCCCAUGAGGAGCAGAGCCGCUUUGAGAGGGAUCGUAUUUCUCAAGCCAAACUCAUCAUGAAACCUUUUAUCCUCCGAAGAGUCAAGAGCGAGGUCCUCAAGCAGCUGCCAGCCAAGGAGGAGAAAGUAGAGUUCUGCUCAAUGAGUGAGAAACAGCAGGUUCUCUACCAGACCCUCUUAAAAAAACUCAAGACUUCCGUCAAUUGCGAGAAGCGCGAGUUGUGUAAUGUGAUGAUGCAGUUGAGGAAGAUGGCCAACCACCCUCUGCUUCAUAGACAGUACUACACCACAGAAAAGCUCAAAGCCAUGAGCAAACUCAUGCUCAAGGAGCCAACUCACUUUGAUGCAGACGCUGCUCUGAUCCAGGAGGACAUGGAAGUGAUGUCAGACUUUGAGCUGCAUCGUCUGUGCCAGCAGUACUCCUCCAUCAGCUCCUACCAGCUCGAAAACAAUCUGCUGCUUGACUCUGGGAAAUUCCACCACCUCACGGAGCUGCUGGCCUCACUUAAGAACAACGGAGACCGAGUGGUAUUAUUCAGUCAGUUCACCAUGAUGCUGGACAUUGUGGAAGUGCUGCUGAAACAUCUUAAGCAUCGUUACGUCAGACUGGAUGGAUCCACACCCAUAGCCGACAGGAUUGUGUUGAUUGAUGAGUUCAACACGGAUCCUGACAUAUUUGUGUUCCUGUUGUCAACACGUGCUGGUGGCCUAGGCAUUAACCUCACCUCAGCUAAUGUUGUCGUCCUACAUGACAUCGACUGCAAUCCCUACAAUGACAAGCAGGCAGAGGACAGAUGUCACCGUGUAGGCCAGACCAAGACUGUACAGGUGAUUAAGCUGAUCAGUAAGGACAGCAUAGAGGACUGCAUUCUGCAGCUGGGCCAGAAGAAACUAAAGCUGGAGCAGGACAUGACUGCUGCUGAACAGGGUGGUGAGGGGACCAUACCUGAAGAUAUGGCAUCUUUGCUGAAAGCCUCACUGGGACUGUGAUACGCAAACACAUGAAACUUGAGACUGUACAAAUACUUUUUUGAUGGCAUUCCUGUGAUUCUGGGUAGACUUGAGUGUUCUGACUGAACACACACACUCUUGUGUUCAUACUGGAAAACUGAGAACCUUUUGCUGCAAAAAAGGUUCUGAUGUUGAGAUCUGAUUUACUGUGUAGCAUGGUAGCUGUGCCUAAAACACUAUUUUUACAUGCACACAGUUUUUGCUCCUACUCUGAUUACGAGACCAGUAUAUAAAGGCAAAACAAAAAUAUUGCCCUUAUAAUAUUAUGCACUGCACAUGUUACGCAAGGGUCUCAAGCUGUAGAAACUUGAAAGAAAGUAGUGUUUCUAAGUUCUAAGUUCAGCAUGUAUUGGAGUACACCAUCGAACACAUUUGACUGAAUGAAAGUAUCAUAAUUUAAGUUCACAUUACCCAUGCAGUCUUGUAUUAUUCACAUUCAGAUACAGGUACUGUAUGCCGGUAAGGAAGAAAAUGAUGCUUACUGGCAGUCUGUGAUGGAUGAAAUAUUCCAAAUUCUAGUACUGAAAUUGUGCUUACAUACUCGAAAAGGUGGUGCACGAGAAUGGAAAAGAUUUAGUUUUACCAUCCUUCAUACCAGACAGUGUUGCAUCUUGCCUGUUGUACUUGCCAGUUCUUAAAAAAAAUAGUUUUGUUUUGCUGCUAUGAUCCACAGCAACAUUUGAACAGCAGCAGGUAGGACAAGUAUACUGAAAAUGUUGAUAUUCACACUGAUUUCUUCUGCUACCAUGGCUGAUCAAACAUUUUUGACAGUUGUGGCUACAUCAAAAAAUCAGCCAAGUAUCUGGAAAUUGUAUUCUCUGUCACUGUAAGUGUAAUGUGUUGAGUUUCAUCCUGAUGUCAUAUCUUUAAGUAAAUUUUUCGGCAAGGGCAAACUGAUUUGACCUUUUUUGACUGAAGAUACAUGGUUGUGUGGGUGUAGUCGAUGAAUUUAAUACACAAUUAUUCCAGUUUUUCUAGUGUGUAAAAUGAGAAAAACUAAAACAAAAAUAUGAAAUAGAAUGUCUUUAAUAAAUAUGGUGCUUGAAUUGGUUCCUCUACUCCUUUAAAUAUCUUCAGCCAAGCGACACAGAAGCUGAUGAUUUGAUGAAGCAGCUGCUGCAUUCAUAAACUAUAGAAGUGGCUAAUGUGUUGUAAGUGUACAAGUGUUACAGUAAAAGUUUUACAAAGUCAUUUGUAUGUUUUUAAGGUUCCUGUUUGAACUGAAUAAUAAAAAUUGGAAUAAA